AUGCCAUCGACAGAUCGCCCUUCAGUGGGCUCGCAGCUAUUUCGACUUCUGCUGUCUUCGUGCGGUCCUAUCUGUGCCAUACACGAACGCUUGCGAUGGCUAUGGCUACUCGUCAAACUCUAUAUUCGUAGACUGGGCUGGGAGAGCAGUCGCAAGCGCAAAGGUGACGAUCGCAAACAAUCCGAUAAAGACGUUCACUGUGGCGUAGACUUUGGGCCUAGAGUUGAAAGAGCGAAAUGGGGCGAAGGAGGUGAACGUGGAGCGAUAUGUUGCAGUAAAGAGCCCGUUAUCUCGCAUCUAGGUCUCCACGUCGAACACUACGACCGUUCUCCCCGGCUACCCAGCACAGGGGAUGUUCCAAGCCGCCCAGCAUCCCGGCCAAUCUCUACUGCAUACCCGGAUUCUGUCGAUUGUAAUGGGAAUUAUGAGCCGUACUCAAUCUCAGUGCAGAAUGCGUCCCAGUCUUCUAUCGACAUCGGGCUUGCGACGCUGAGCGAGCAUGGAAACCACUAUCAUGAACCUCGCUACGACCACCUGGCGCUGUCUUCCAGACCGUCGUCUCGGGCCUCUUCGCUGCAUCGGAGAGACCGAGGUGUAUUGAGAGACGUGUCAAGACCAACUAGCAGCCGCGCUCGUGCGCGCUCGAGGUCGCGUGUUAGGUCUCGAGCGCGAGACUCGCCUGCGGGCUCGUACCGUGGGUCCCGGCUGUCGAUUGCAUCGUUUCCACCCGAACAUAAGUCUACUACACAUAGUGGACUCAAUCAGGCAAUACCGGCAGGGGACAAACCGUCUCAUGCUCCUGUGGAGCCAAGGAGGAUCCAGACGACAUACCCGAUUUUGCAAGUCAAACGAUACCACAAAGGCCUGAAGAUGUAUGACAUCUCAUUACUUCCAUACUACUUAGUCUCAAUCUCAGGCGCCAGAGAGAACCUAGACUCCAAUUACGUAGUGAAGCCUAUACAGCUAUCGUACCCGUUCGAUGACGUGCCGGAUGGGUGGACAGCCUUGACGCACCCAGAGGGCGCCCGCUACUUCUAUCAUGCAAAAAGGCGGAUCUACACCGACGCGUACAUAAUGGACCCAGAAAUUAUGGCUGAAAUCGACGAUUUCAUAGCACUGCUCCAACAUCUGUCGAAUGGUCUCGAGUUUCAGAUGGGGCCCAGCAUGGAGCUCGUGUUGGAGCUGGAAGACAACACGAAACCAGAUAGACUGACCAAAUAUCACUGGUGCUACUACUUCGUUGACAGUGAUACUCGCACACUCUUCUGGUUGCAAGAGUAUGAGGUCUACGACGAGUCCCCUUGGGACGAAUUACAGGGUCUAAAUUCUGCAUCGCACAUAAGGUAUGCGAUUGAAGAGAUGUACUGGCACGAGCCUUCCAAGGAGCUUGUCCAUGAGCUUCAGAGCAUCAUAGUGCAUUCCACGGCUGUGUUAUUUGCAGGUCGUUUCAUGCACAUAUUUGCGCAUCAACGAUUCCUGCAUUAUCAUGGACAGAAAGCGGCUCGUUUAUCUCGCGACCAGAGUGUUUUCAGCGACGCCCAUGAACAUCGAACGCCGUUGAUUUCCAUUCUUGCACCGAUAUUGUUCAAUGCGCCAGAUGUCCAUCUCAAGUCGCUGGAGAACAUCUGGAUCGACAAUAUUAUUACGCUCAUACCCUGGAGCCAAUUCAUGUCAAAGCUACAGACAGACUGGCAGGAAUAUGUCCUCUUCUCUACUGUUCUGCUGAAUGCAAACAUAUCCUUCAUGACUAUCAACGAUGUAGACCCCGGAACAGGAACAAGACAUCGGACUCCCGCACAAAUUGCGAGUUUCGUAUCCACAAUAGCCAGCAUCGGCAGUACGGUUAUUGGCCUGCUAUUGAUCCGGCAAUACCGCCUCAAGCCAAAGGACACGGCGCAGGAUGCCCUCAAUUACCUGACUAGCCGGCGGCAUCCAACCCUCGGUUUGGAGACACUGGCAAUCAUGUACAGCCUACCGUACGCUCUCCUCAUGUGGGCCAUGGUGACUUUCCUCGUCGCAUUCGCCUUCGAGUGCUUCGAGACAGCUGACGAGCCAUCAAUCAUUGUCAGUGGAGUUAGUUGGGGCCUGGUUGGUAUCCUGAUUAUCUGGUGCAUUUACACGUCAUGGGAGGGUGGCGAGACUUCGGUUCGAGAAUGGAUCCUCUCCCACUGGAGCACGUUCCAUGCAAUGAUGCUGGAUAAGGGACUCUGGCCACAAGCGAUGGUCACUCGACGGCACAUCGCAACGCCUCAAGCGGAGGAGAUGGAAUUUGAUGUAGCAUAG